AUUACAUAAUGUGGCGCUACAGAGCUGAAAGUUUUAGAUUAUAUUUUCUGUAAUGCUCAGUACCUGUUGCUUUGUUCGUGAUACUAAUAACGUGACAAAGUUAAAUAUCUGGAUUGUUUGGUUUUAUGAAUAUAUUCCCACAUUUUAAGAGGUAUUAGUUUGUGAAAUGGACAUUUCAGCAACCCCACAAACUAGAAAUUUAUCUGAAGGUGGUGUCCAAACUCCUUUUAACAAAACGUGAUCGUCUCUUUCUGUAGUGAUAUGAAGCUCAUAAAGUUAGCUAAAUGUGCUUGUCUAGGUACUCUUUAGUAGAGGGUGGAGAAAUAAUAGCGUUAUCCCGUUUGAGGUGAAGCAAAUUUUACAGAUUCUGGUAUCAAAGUUGCUCUAAUAAUCACUUUCAGCAUCUUGUUUCUAUGUAAAGUCCCAUUUAGAUAGAACGGAGCGGAAGUUUCGCCCACAUUUCAUGCAGAGAAUCAUGGGGGAUAGGAAUAAGGUGGAUAAAAAUCCCUAAAAUGUCAAUGCACACUAAUUCAAAUUUUCAACAAAUUCCCCAGGUUUUCUUGUCUUAUUCCCAAACACCGAAAAAAUACAUUCCUCAUUUGUCCAUCAAACUGAAAAAAAUCCCCCAAACAUCCCAACAAUUUCCAAAAGACCCCGUCCCAGAGUCCCCAAAAAAGUACAAAUACAUUACCCAUAAUUUGUUUUUUCAUAUACAGGAAGGAUAGCUAACAUUUUGACAUCACAGACAAUGAACUCCUAGGCCAUGCAGUUGAGGAAGCACUUGGUGGAAAUGGAGUUUAAAGCGCUGUAGCCUUUGGUGUGCAGGGUGGAGCACAUCUCCCUGCCACAGCAGAUGGCGACCAGUCAUCGGAGCAAGGGAAUUUGACACAGACCCCAUGGUUGACCCUUCCUAGGACCGUCCAGGAGGGCAGUUGUGACAUAGCCACAAAAUUUAGGGUGGGGUUAGCUAAUGUUUGAUUUAGGGAUUUAUAUGGGGAAAAAACCCUUGCAAGGUUAGAUCCUUAGCUUUCCUACCUGAGUUUCUUUUUUUCUUUUUUGUUAAGCUUACAACAACCUACAGUAUACAAAACAAAAUUGACUUGGAGAAUUUUUAAACCAUCCAUUCAUCCGUUUUCUUCCGCUCGGGUCGGGUCGCGGUGGCAGCAGGUUAAGCAAGUCAACCCAGACAUCUCUCUCCCCAGCAACAUUUUCCAACUCAUCCUGGGAGAUUCCAAGGCAUUCCCAGCCCAGAUGAGAUACACAAUCCCUCCACCAAGUUCUGGGUCUACCCUGGGGUCUUCUUUCAGUUGAAUGUGCCUGGAAGACCUCCACAGGGAUGUGACCAGGGGGCAUCCUGAUCAGAUCCUGAACCAUCUCAACUGGGUCCUUUGAACGUGAAGGAGCAGCGGUUGUACUUCGAGAUACUUCCGGAUGUCUGAGCUCCUCACCCUACAGCUGAGCCCAGCCACCCUCCUGAGGAAUCCCAUUUCAAUCCCUUGAACCUGCGAUCUUGUUCUUUCCACCAUUACCCAGAGUUCAAGACCACCGGUGAGGGUUGGAACAAAGAUCGACCAUUAAAUUGAGAGUUUUGCCUGCUGGCUCAGCUCCCUCUUCACCACAACGGUGCGGUACUACGUCUGCAAUACCACAGAUGCUGCACCAAUCGACUUUCAAACGAAGUGGACUUCAGUUUUGGUUCAGGGUGGAUUAAGAGAUUGGAAUUGAAGAUAGCUGCAACCCCACCACCUCAUCUAGCGUCUCGUAGUAUUUGAGUAUCAGUAUGACUGAGUUAAUUCAUUUAAAACUAGAUCAAAAUUACAAUUUCAGCUGAAAUUGCAUGCGGAUGCUGAGAGCUGAAGAGCUUGUGGAAGAACUGCUGAAAAUAGCCAAAAGCACAAAAUAGCUGAAAAUAGCAUAAAAUAGCAUAAAAUGCCAUAAAAGUAGCUGCAAAUUGCAUUCAGUAGAUCAAAAAAGGAUAAAAUAGGUGAAAGUGCACUCAAAAUAGCUUAAAAUAGCAUAAAAAUAGCAUAAAAUAGAAUAAAAUGCCAUAAAAAUAGCUGAAAAUAGCAUAAAAAUAGCUAUAUAUUAAAAAUGAGAAAAGUUAGAAAUGAGAAAAGUCAUAGCAGUCGAGUGAUGAAGAAACUGAAUUUUUUAAAGUUUAAAUGGUGUUGAUACGACAAAGUACGAGGGAGGAGAUAGCCGGCACGGAAGAAUAAUAAUAAUCAAAAUGGCUGACGCGAAUAUCAAAAAUGUGGAGGCUCAGCAUCAGCACUAAUAACAUUUCCAUCCUGAUGUUGCCACCAUUUUCUGGUAUCAGCUCAUUUAUUGUGACAGCCGGACCAGCCUCCACUUCCUGUUUGAAAGAAGUGGAGGCAGAAAUGUAGACUGGAGACCAGUCUCUCAUUCCUCUCCUGUUCCAGUUAAGUGUCCACUUUUCCAUCUUUGCCAUGUUGGAGUGUGAUCCUUACAGCAUCUCUCAGAAAAGGGCGAAAACAGGAUGCAGAAGUUGAAUGUGCGCAUUUUCUACGAGGUUAAAUUUGUUUUUUCUUUUGUUCAACCAAAUUAUGUAAGAGCUUGUUUUUCUGUUGGGGUGACUCGUCUUCCUGUUGGCUGAGUCAGCGAUAUUUCCGAGCUCUAGAAUGUUGAUCCCCGGAUUAAAGAGCAGACAAAAGAGAGCGGCCCCCGUCACAGCAACAGCGGGUCGAAUUGUUCCAGACAAUAAUACCACGUCCACCGUCUUUAUCACUGGACAGAGCCAUCAACACCGAGUCCAUCAACACCGAGUCCAUCUAUUCCGAGCCCCUCCUCACUGUAAUCACACCGAGACCAUCAAAACAGAACCGUCAACAUGGAGCCUGUCAAAACAGAGCCCCGCCCCUUGAUGACAGCACAGUUUAUCAACACUGGACCCCUCCUCUACGUGAUGACAGAACUGAGCUCGUACUCUUAGCGAUAACACAGCUCCACAACCAUCAGAAGUUUAGCGGAGUCUCACAUUAACCUACAGCUGACCAAUCAGUGCUAAAGAACCGGACUUCCUGCGGUCUGUCGGUUUGAUGGUCUUUGAGUUUCCUUCCACCAUGAUCCUGAAGACUCUCCUACUCUGCUUUGUCACCGUGCUCCUCUGUGCAGAUGCUGACGAUCGAUCCAGACUUUACAGGAAGCCUUCCUGCGGGGGAGCGAGCGUGGCUGAGGCAUGUCCUCUGAAUUAUUCCCCCGUGUGCGGCAGUGAUGGCGUGACAUAUCCAAACGAGUGUUCUCUGUGUGUCCACAGACUGGAGAAAAAUGCUGACAUCAUGGUGGUGGCGGAUGGACCCUGCUAAGGAUGACAUCAUCAGCCCUUGUUUACCUGUGUACCUGUCAGCUCACCAUAACUGCAGCCAUGUUUGAUAACGCUAACACAGUUAUAAAGGAGCUUUAUACAGAAAUCUGAUGGUUUAGAGACUUUUAUAUCCUAGGUGGGUUGUCGUUGUGGUUUCAUUGUUGUUGCUGUGUUUUAUAUUUUGUAAAAACAAAACAAAAAAAAAAAUAAAUG